AUGUUGAGAGCGAGUUGCGCAGAGUGGCAGGAAGUCCAAUCAUACAGUCCGUCAGGAUGUGUUGAUGAAUAUCCGGUUGAUCCUGUGGAGGGGGACAACACUAUGAACUCUUCAACGAGUGGUUUUACAAGCCACAAAGAAACCACCGCUGAAGCUGAUGAUACUAAUGCUGGCAAGGCAAAGGCUAUAGCUUUGAUUUCAGAUCAAACUGGAGGGGAACUCCCCUCUGUUUCAAUGAAUUUUCACGAAGCCACUGCACGUGAGAGAGAAACUGAAAGUUUCAGAGAGUUCCUGCAGUGUUUGUAUGAAAACGGUGAUGAUCACGUUGAGACUGAUAUAUUUGGGGGCCCUUUUUUUGGAGCACAGCACCACGAGCUAUUUUCAUCUCAGAAUAUCCAGUUGCAGGCUGCGGGUGGUCAACAUAAUGAACUUGGUGCGAGUUUUCAGUCAUUUCCUGAAUCUUUGCAGAGAGAUAAGGCAUAUACAGAUUCGAAAGAGAGCUUAGGAUCGCUAUCAAAAGGAUCUGUUACGGAGACUGGUCAGCGUCAUCGUGGCAUACGUAGACAUUUGCAUUUUGAAGCUGCAAUUGCCUGCAAGAAUACUGGCAAUGGGACUCAUGAGACAGCCAACUUAUGCUUACCAGCCCGUCAUACAGUCUUUGAGAGUUUGGUUCCACCUCAUGUUGAACCAAGAGGAAUCUCUGGCAGUUGGCAGGCCAGAAGUUGUGCUCAGACUGCAACAUUGUGGUCCUCUUUCUGCCCAUCUGAAUAUGAAUCUAUUAGAUCAGCUCGAAAUUGUGGAAACCGUGCUGUAUCAGCUUGUAUUCCAUCUGGUGGAGGUUUUCAUUUAAAUAGCGUUGAAAGACCCGAUUCCAUUGGCUCAGACUCCAGUAUGAGCAAGAAAUUGGGAAGUAAUCUGCACCAACAAGAGGAGAAGUUAAUCCCUGAUAGGGACCAUUAUUUAGGAAAGGAAAUGGAUGGUAUCCCAGUGCUAUCUUUUUCCCGGGAAAUUUAUACUCACUUGAGAGAUGAACAGCAGGAAAGUCAAGCUGCUGUGGGAGCAGGUUCUUCUGGUUAUCAAUCUAUUAGUAUUACGCAACCUCCUUGUGGUUCUCUGCAUUUGGUACCAUUUGAGCAGCAGGCAACUCUGUGCGAGGGGGCAAUGCCUUCUUCAGAAAAAGCUGACAUAGUCGAGUUAAACCAAAUGAGCCCUGAAAGGAAUAGGAAGAAGGCAAAAUACACCAUUAAGAGUGAGGGUUGCAGACGUUGCAACUGUAAGAGAUCAAGAUGCUUGAAGCUUUAUUGCGAGUGCUUUGCUGCUGGAGCUUAUUGUUUAGAUACUUGUACGUGUGAAAAUUGCUUUAACAAGCCUGAAUAUGAAGACACAGUUCUUGAUAUGCGACAACAAAUCGAAGCCCCCUCAAUUGGGAGUAUAUUUGAGGCGAAAAUGAUAUACAGAAGGAAGGAAAUUGGACGACACCAUCCUUAUCCAGGCACAAAAGUGGGUGCAACUGCAAGAAGUCAAAGUGUUCUAAAAAAUAUUGUGAAUGUUUUCAGGCUGGAAUUGGAUGCUGUGAUGGAUGCCGAUGUGAAGGAUGCUACAAUCCUUAUGGAAACAAAACAGGCUUGUACUUUGGAAUAUGCCCUUGAUCGCAUGCGUCGUAGGACAACUGAAGAAACAAUAUACAGAAGAGUUGAAAGGUGGGGUAAUCCAUCUCAGGAGCAGCAGGAUAGUUUGGAGAGUCAUAGUUACUGCAUUAAAGCUGAGAGACCUAAUCAAUUCUCAUCAACAUGGGAAGAACUUGCUGAUGUAGGCCAUCUGACUCCACCAUCACAUUGUCUCUUAGGUGCAGUGGCUUCUUCAGCUUCUCUCAACAUAAAGGACUGUUCAAAACUUUUGCUAGGCCAAUCGCAACAAGAAAGCAGCCUCCUCUCACCAUCUGGCUACCUUAAUUGGCGCCAUUCACCUUGUAGUCUUACUCCAAAAUUAUAUGGAAGUGAGGCUUUGCCCGAACUCAGUUCUGACAGCUUUUUCUGUAGCAUAUUGGAGGAUGAUACGCCCGAGACACUCAAGAACACUUGUACCCCCAUUACAAAGGGAGUGAAAUCUUGCUCACCUAAUCAAACACGGUUGUCUCCUUCACAAAUUCGUUCAAAUGAGUUAAGAUCAAGCUCGUCAUGGGGGUUGAGAAGUGGACGCAAAUUCAUUCUGGAGGAUUUGCCUUCUUUCCCUUCUCUUACUCCAUAUAGUAAGUCACAGGCUGGAAUCCAUCAAAAUGAUGGCGAUCAUAAAGGUAGCACUGGAUACCAAUGA